AUGAAGAUGAUUCUCAUUAUUCUUUAUGUUGUUGCUCUUCUUUCGUAUACUUCCGAUGCUAAUUCUUAUACCAAUGAUUUUUGUGUUGCAAACUUAGCAUAUUCAAAAACCCCUUCAGGCUAUCCAUGCAAGUCAGAAACCAUUGUAACCGAGAAUGAUUUCACAUUCUCAGGUUUGGUAGCUCAAAGCUUAAAAAGCCCUUUUAAUGUUGGAUAUAAAGCUGCAACUGUAAAUUAUUUACCAGGUCUCAAUGGACUUGGUAUUUCUGCAUCAAGAGUUGAUUUUGGUAUAAAUGGAACUGUACCAAUGCAUUUUCAUCCCGACGCAACCGAAUUAACAAUUAUUGUUGAAGGUGUCGUUACUGCUGGAUUUAUUACACCAACAAAUGUUUAUGUGAAAACUCUUAAAGCUGGUGAUGUUUUCGUUAUUCCAAAAGGACUUUUGCAUUUUAAAUUUAACUCGGGUCCUGGAAAAGCUCUUACUUUUUCUGGUUUUAGUAGCGAUAAUCCUAGAGUGCAUAUCCUCGAUAGGUUACUAUUUGGUAACAAUUUAGAAACUCACACAAUUGAAAAGACUACUCUCCUUGACGAAAAUCAAAUUAAGAAGCUUAAGGCUCAGUUUGGUGGUACUGGCUAGGAUUCUUAGCUUAUGAUUCAUUCUCUUUGUUUGUUUUAAAUUAAGUUAAUUAUGUAAGCAAUAAAAGCUAUGUGUGUUUUGAAUUUAUGUUUUUUGUCAAUUUUAAUUUAAAUAAAAUAAGAGGAUGAUCUCGUUCUUAA